AUGGAGAUCCCCUCGUUCUGGUCUCUCUUUUUCGAGCAUGCUACGGCCCCCUUCUUCGUAUUCCAAGUAUUCUCCGUGCUCCUCUGGUGCAUCGACGACUAUGUGGGCUACACGCUCUUCACGCUCGGCAUGCUGGUUAUCAUGGAAUCGCUCCAAGUCAAGCAGCAAAUCCUCAGCAUGAAAAGCCUCCGCGACAUGCGCACCGAAUCCUUCCCCGUCCUCGUCUACCGCAACAAGGUCUGGAAGCGGAUUUCCAGCCGCCAGCUCGUCCCCGGCGAUCUCAUCAGUCUGAGCAGCCAGCGAAUCCACGACUCUCUCUGGGAAAACGACGACUCCUCCGUCGUCGCGCCCUGCGACUGUCUUCUUCUCAACGGGUCCUGCGUCGUUAACGAAGCCGUGCUCACCGGCGAGUCCGUUCCCAAAUCGAAAAUCGGCAUUUCUGCGAUGGUCACCGCGGAGACGCGGCAUCAGUGUCUCGCCAUCGCGGAGGAACACAAUCUUCAUCGUCGUCACAUGGUGUACGGAGGCACGAAGAUCAUCCUGCACAAAGCAGACUACUCGGAAUCGUCUCUGAAGGAUGUGAGCAAGCCUGCGAAUCAGGGAUGCAUCGCCUAUGUGAUUCGAACGGGUUUUUACACUUCGCAGGGCGAUAUGCUGCGUAACAUGAUGUAUUCGUCCGCACGAACGUCCGCGAAUAACCGCGAAUCGUUCAUUUUCAUCUUCAUUCUGCUGAUUUUCGCGAUUUUGUCGGCGUUGUAUGUGUACCGAACCGGCUCUCGCGACCCCAAACGAAACCACUGGAAGCUGAUUCUGCAUUGUAUCAUGAUCAUCACCAACGUGGUGCCGCCGGAACUUCCAUUAGAACUCUCCUACGCGGUGAACAACUCGCUGAUCAACCUUUCGAAGAAGGGGAUUUUCUGCACGGAGCCGUUCCGCAUCCCGUUCGCCGGUCGCGUCCGCACGUGCUAUUUCGACAAGACGGGUACGCUGACCAGCGACAAACUGGUUCUUCUGGGCGUGGCGUCGUGCGAGUCGCCGGACGAAGGCGUGCUGCAUUCUGUCGGUCAGCUCCCAAUCGACGCCACGAGCGUGAUGGCCGCGUGUCAAGAGCUCGUCUGGGUCAACGGCAAACUGCUCGGCAACCAGAUGGAGCUCACCGCGCUGGAGCACAGCGGAUGGGACUUCGCGGCGGCGUCGGGGACGCUGUCGCCGCCAAAAUGGAUGCGAAGCAAGGGCGCGCGAAGCCUCACGCCGGUGUUCCGGUACGGGUUCGAGAGCGCCAAUCGCCGCAUGGCGGUGGUGUGCAAGGUGGAGAGCGCGCGGGGACUGCGCGUGCUGGUGAAAGGAGCGCCGGAAAUGUUGCGCGGACUGCUUCGCGAAGUGCCUGCGCAUUAUGAAUCGGUGUACAAGCACCACACGCUGCAAGGAAAGCGCGUGCUGGCGAUGGCGUGGAAGGAUCUCCCCGAGUCGGUCUCUCCCCACGACCUGAAGACGCUGCCGCGGUCCGCCGUCGAGUCGAACUUGACGUUCUGCGGGUUCCUGCUCUUCGACUGUCCGCUGAAAUCGUCGACGCGCUCCACCGUCCAAUCGCUCAUCGACAAUCGCUACCGCGUCAAGAUCAUCACCGGCGACAACCCCUACACCGCCUGCGAGAUCGCCAAGCAGUGCGGGAUCAUCCCUGCCUCCAGCGAGGUCCUCGUGCUCGCGAGCUCGCCCAUCGCUCUACUGGGAGAACCUCGCCUCCCAGACGCUCUGCCAGACCUUCGUCGCCGACCCAGCCGCGCUCGCCGCGCUGCAAGCCCGGUUCGUCCUCGUGCUGAACGGUUUCUGCUCGUUUGCUCUCCUCGAUGCGCAGGCUCGCUCCUCCUCGACCAGCCCGCCGUUCUCGAAACGCUCACGCCCUUCGUGACCAUCUUCGCUCGCAUGUCUCCGCAGCAGAAGGGAGACACCAUCCGCGCCACCAAAGCCAGCGGGACCUACUGUCUCAUGUGCGGCGACGGCACCAACGACGUGGCUGCGCUCAAGCAGUCGCACGUCGGCGUCAGCAUUCUCUCCAACGUCGAGAUCGAGGACUACGUCGCCGAUCGCGAGGCGCAGCUCCACGAGCACGCCGAAAAGGACGACUGGGACCGCUUAGUGGCCAAUGAGCAGUUCGAACGCUUCGUGGAGCGCGCUCCGAGCCCCGCGCUGCAAUUGGCCUACCGCACCGUGGGGGGACGGAGAAUGCCCAUUCGGUCACAUUUCGCUUCGAAACAGUCCGCUCUCGCCGGCGCCGCGUCGCAUUCGUCGCCUGCUUCCGUCCAAAGUGAAUUCCAAAAAUCGCCCCGAUUUUUAGACUUGGAAGAUUGGCGCGACCAGCUCAUGCGCGAAGCAAGCGAGAACGUCCAGCUGAAGCUCGGCGACGCCAGCAUCGCUUCUCCCUUCACCUGCAAAUCCACGGGCAUCGAUAAAGUUCUUCAAAUUCUGCGCUUUGGCCGCUGCACGCUGGUCACGACCUUCCAGAUCUACAUCAUUCUCGCGCUCAACAGUCUUAUUGGGGCUUAUUCCAUGUCCGUUUUGUACAUGGACGGCGUGAAGAACGGGGAUUUCCAAAUGACCAUUUCGGGGGUGUUAAUCGCGGGAAUCUUCUUCUUCAUCUCGUCGUCGAAGCCGCUGAGGGUGCUGUCGCCGGAGCAUCCGCCAUCGAAGCUGUUCUCUGGGUCGAUUUUGGCGACGAUUUCCUUGCAGUUUAUGGUGCACUUCGGCAUCAUGUACGUGAUUCGGAAAAUGACUCUGCCGUACGUCAGUCUUGGUUCGGAGGAGCUGUCGCCUGAUGCCGAGUUCGUACCGAAUGUGUUGAACACUGUGGUCUUUUUGUUGGAUAUCAUUAUGCAACUCUUCGUGUUUAUCGUGAACUACCAGGGACAUCCCUUCAUGCAGAGCAUCCGAGAGAACAAACCGCUUUUCUAUGCGUUCUGCGUCUCAUUCUCCUUCUUCUUCGUGUUGACGCUGGAGAUCAUUCCUCCAUUGAAUCGCUGGAUGCAGCUGGUUCCGUUCCCCUCGCAGGAGUUUAAAUUCCAGUUUUUGGGUCUAUCCCUACUGGACGGCUUGUUAGCGUAUUUGUGUGACCGAGCAUUGAAAUGGAUCCGUAAAGUGGUAGGAAAAAGGGAAUAAUUCGGGAG